AUGGCUUAUCUGGAAGGGGAAUUGCGGUGUAGUCCUUGUAAAACUGCUACCAUCAUUCCCCCGCACACCAUCACCACGGUGCCUUGUGGAGCACUUUUCGUGGGAUGUGUCAAUUUGCCAUUUAGUCCCAGGAUGAUGUACAAACUCCUUGCCAGAACACAUAAUGGUCCCAUGAGUCUCUUUUUGCCCAUGGAAUAUACAUCCUCAGCUCCCAUAUGUGGUCUCUCCAUCAUGUCAGUAACACUUUGGCUACAAAGAGCCAAAGGCACGAGUGAGAUUGUAGGUGAAGGGAAUUUUGACAUUAAUCCCUAUGUUGCUAUGAAUAUCUUGAUUGUGGUGGGUGCUAUCAUCAUGAUACUGGGGUUCCUGGGGUGCUGUGGUGCAGUCUCAGAAAACCGCUGUGUGCUUCUUGCGUUUUUUAUCGGCUUGCUUCUGAUCCUGACUUUGCAGGUGGCAGCAGGUAUCUUAUCAGUUUCUUUCAGAUCUAAGGCAGACCAUAUUCUGAGUGAUAUUCUUUAUGAAAAUGUACGCCUUUUGACUGCAACAGAUGAUGCUGCGAAAGUGUUCCAGCAAGCCAUAGUUAUGUUUCAAGAACAGUUUAAAUGUUGUGGUUUGAUCACUGGACCUGCUGAUUGGGGAAACAAUUUUAAUGAAUAUUUCAAGUCAUGUGAAUGCUCACAAGCAUCAGGUCUUUGUACAACUUACCAAGGAAAGACUGUUUACAAACAGCCAUGCAUUGUUUGUUUAGAGGACAUAGUUACUAGACGUAUUCAAGUUAUCAUCGGGAUUGCGUUUGGACUGGCAGUUGUUGAGGUACUUGGUCUGGUAUUUUCUAUGAUCCUGUACUGCCAGAUUGGGAAAGAUUGA